AUGGCAGCAGCCAAUAUAUUUGAGUACCAAACAGAUUCCCAACCAUUACGUCCAUGUGAACUUCAGAGGGAAAAGGCUUUUUCAGGAGGAGAAACCUACGUUCCUCAGUGCUCAGAAGAUGGCCAGUUCAGGACAGUUCAGUGCAGUAGGAAUGGUCUUUCUUGUUGGUGUGUGGAUGAGAAUGGCAUUGAGGUACCUGGCAGCAAACAGAACGGAUAUCCCGUAUCUUGCUUAUCCUUUUGCCAGCUACAAAAGCAGAGGAUCUUGGUCAGUCGCUACAUCAACAGCAGCAGCAUCUCCUACAUCCCUCAGUGCCUGGAUUCAGGGGCAUUUGAUGUAGUGCAGUGUGACAUGGAGCUGGGUCAGUGCUGGUGUGUAGAUCCAGAAGGAAUGGAGAUUUAUGGCACCAGGCAGAGAGGAAAGCCAACGCGGUGUCCGGGGAACUGUGAGAUCCGAGACCGUCGCAUUCUUCAUGGGUUUGGAGAGAAGAGCCCACCACAGUGCUCAGCAGAUGGAGAAUUUCUGCCUGUCCAGUGCAAGUUUGUCAACACUACAGACAUGAUGUUUUUUGAUCUCGUUCAUACUUACAACAGGUUCCCCGGGGCUUUCCAAACAUUCAGCUCCCUGCGGGAGACAUUCCCAGAGGUCUCCGGGUACUGCUACUGCUCGGACAGCCUGGGGAGAGAGUUAGCAGACACUGGCUUGGAACUGCUGCUCGAUGAAGUUUACGACACAGUUUUCUCUGCCCUGGAGCCUGCUCGCACGUUCACGGAGACCAGCAUCUAUCGGAUCCUGCAGAGGCGGUUUCUGGGGGUUCAGCUAGCUACCUCUGGCAAGUUCAGAUGCCCCUCAAAGUGUGAGGUCGAGCGGUCCGCAGCCCAGCGUUACCAGCACGCCUACGUGCCGUCUUGUGCUGCCGAUGGGAGCUACGCACCAGUGCAGUGCCAGCAGGGAGGACAGUGCUGGUGUGUGGACGCCAAAGGGCAGGAGGUGCAGGGCACAAAGAGACGAGGACAGCCCCCGGCCUGUGAUGAAGAACAAGCGUGCAUCUCUGAGAGACGACGGGCCUUGUCGAGGAUCUUUUAUGGCCCUGCUGGGUACUUCGGUCAGCUCAAUUUGUUUUCCACACCAGAUAUGCAGUCAGAAAAAAUAGUUGGCUUCUCAAGACCCUGCCCUCCCUCCUUCAAGGAGCUAUUUCUGGACUCUGGAUUGUCAUCCCCAGUUACACAAAGCCCAUAUGUCAGCCAGAUUCCUGGGCUAGAAAUGACUCUUAGCGAAGCCAUCACGGGGAUGUUCCCCUCAAGGGAACUGGCUCAAGUGGCGCUGCGAUUUACUGCCAAUCCAAAACGUUUCCAAGAAAACCUCUUUGGAGGAAGGUUCUUCAAGAAUUUGAUCCAGUUUAACUUCACAGGGGCACUUGGCACUAGUGGGAAAUACAGCAUUGGCCAAUUUUUCUCACAGGAGGAUGUAGCAGAAAGGGAUAAUAGCCAAGGCCUUCUGGAAUCAGCUGAGGCAUUUUCAUUGGAGGUAUCAAAGGGGAGCUCUAUUUUGAGUAAACCUCUUGUAGGCAGCUUUGGCCGCACAGUAGCUCUACAGGACAAUCAGAAUGUGAUGAAAUUCCUUUCCUCUGUUCUGGAACUACCAGAGUUCUUUACUUUUCUUCAACAAGUGAUUUCUGUCCCCAAAAGCGUUGCUGAAGAUUUAGGUGAAGUAGUGAAAAUAGCAUUGGGAUCCAAAGACUGUGGCGAGGAGCCAAAGGACCUGUUUGUUCCAACGUGCACCAAGGAGGGGAGGUAUGAGGAAGUUCAGUGCUAUGCAGGAGAGUGCUGGUGUUUGGACUCUUCAGGUAAGGAAGUUCCAGGCUCAAGAGUUCAAGGCAAACGUCCAAGGUGUCCCACUGAUUGUGAGAAGCAAAGGAGAGACCUGCAAAACUUGAAGCAAAGCCUGUCUGCGGGAUCAGAUCUUUUUAUUCCCUCUUGUACAAAGGAUGGAGACUAUCUGCCACUCCAGUGUUAUGGAACGAAUUGCUUCUGUGUUGAUAUGAGUGGCAAGACUAUUCCAGGACUAAGGGAAAAAGCUGGAAAGCCAAUGAAAUGCCCAAGUGCUUGCCAAGUGACAGCUGGUCAGGAGUUUCUAAAGGCUGUGAAACUCUUGUUGUCAGAUCCAAGCGCUGUGUCUCAGCUCUCCAGCGUUUACCUCCCGCAGUGCGAUGGUGACGGUGCCUGGAGGCAGGUGCAGUGCAGUGGUCCUCCCGAGCAAGCCUUUGAGUGGUACGAAAGGUGGAUUGCAGAGAACAAUGAAGGCAAAACCCUGCCCCUUGCUGAUCUAUUGAACAUCAUAAUUGGAUAUAAAGAGGCAUCCUCUGAAGGUUUUUCAGCUUUUGUUAAAGCUUUGUAUGAGGCUGGGCACCAAAAUGUCUUCCCAGCAUUCACCAUGUAUUCCUCCUUCACUGAUCUCCCACCUGAAGUGAUGGAAGGAAAUGUGACUGAUGCAUCCGAGAACAUUUUACUGGAUCCAUAUAUGUUCUGGCAGCUUCUGAAUGAGCAGUUGACCUAUUACCCAGGACCCUAUACUGAUUUCAGCACUCCUCUAAGCCAUUUUGAACUUCGUGAUUGUUGGUGUGUUGAUAGCAAAGGAGAAGAGCUGCAAGGAACAAAGGCAGAAGUGAACCAGGUCCCAGCAUGUCCUGGUAUAUGUGAAGGUAUUAAGCAGGAAGCCAUGAAAUUUAUGGAGGAAGCAGAGCAGCUCAUCCUUGCAUCAAAUCAUUCCCACUUCGCUUUUGGAGAGAGCUUCUUGAUGGCAAAGGGAAUACAGCUCACAGAUAAUGACCUCCUACGUUCUGCUCAGCCCUAUGAGUCAGAGGUGGUGGUCUCUGAAAAGCUGUUAUCAGGCAGUGACUAUGCUCUCCAGCUGGCUGCACAGUCAGUCUUGCGGAAUCACUGGCGGAAUCACUUUACUUCAGAACUUUCUGCUGGGGAAGCAACACAGCUGGGAUUUCUCCCUUACAUCCCACAGUGUGAUGGCCUGGGAAACUGGGAGCCAACUCAGUGCUAUGAGAGCACAGGUCAUUGCUGGUGCGUGGAUGAGAGAGGACGUUAUGUCAUGGAUUCCUUGGUCUCACGCUCAGCAGAACUUCCCAAAUGCCAGACAUCAUGUCAGCGAUCUCGAACCAAUGCCUUAAUUUCCAGCUGGAGACGGAGUGGUUCAAAUCUGGAUGCCUCUACAGCUGAUCUAUUUGUCCCCUACUGCCUUGAGACAGGAGAGUACGCUGUGCUACAGAGAUCCGACACAAAUGUUUGGUGUGUAGAUCCUGUGUCAGGAGAAGUAUUUCAGCGCGGCAGCAAAGGCUUGGAUGGCAAUCCUGAGUGCCCCAGUCUCUGUAAUAUGCUGAAGUCUAAAACUGGUUUACGAGAAGCUGGCAAAGGCUACAUCCCACAAUGCGAAGGGGACAACGGGCCUUUCUCACCUGUGCAGUGCAGCCAGGAUCAAGAGAGCUGCUGGUGUGUCUUUUACAAUGGAGAAGAGGUUCCAGGGACACGCGUAAGUGGAGGAAGACCUGCAUGUGCAAGUCCGCAGUGUGCUCUGCCAUUCGGUGCCUCAUCUGUUUUCAACGGAGCUGUAUUUUGUGACAAUGCUUCUGAGGAAGCUCCAGGCGUUCAGCAGUGCUGGCUGGUGUGUCGGCAGGGCUUCUACAGCACAUCUUCCAGCACGUCAUUUCAGUGUGAUGUGCAGCAGCGGCGAUGGGUCUCAGCUGCCCCGCUCCAUCAGGCCUGCCAGAAGCUCCAGUUAUUUCAGACAGUCCAAGCUCAAACGCACUUUCAACUACUGCUGCCUCCUGAGAAGACUUGCAGUUCUGACUACUCUGGAUUACUCCAGGCAUUCCAGAUAUUCAUUUUAGAUGAGUUGAAGGCUCGUGGUUUAUGUCACCUCCAGGUAAAUGCAUUUGGAAAUACUGGCUCAGUUCCUGUCUGUGAUGAUUCCACUGUCUAUGUUGAAUGCCUGGGUGAGGACCGCCUUGGGGUGAACAUCACAUGGAGGACUCAGCUGGAAAACAUUCCAACAGGUUCUCUCCCUGACUUACAUGAUAUUGAAAAUGCAAUUGUUGGAGAAAAUCUCAUUGGAGCAUUUAUAAAAGAGAUUAAAGAUGGUAGUUUUGUGCUACAUUUGGACUCCAAGCAAUUCCUGGCAGAUUCUUUCAUUGAUUUUCCCCGGGAUGAAGAGUUUGAUCUGUCUCCAAGUGUGCAGCUAGGAUGUAGAAGUGGGUUUCGAAGAACUUCGUCUCCUGGGAAAGCAGUCCCAAAUUCACAAGGAUGUG